UUUCGGUAUUUCAAUCAUUUUAUAUUAUUUUUGUUAUCAAUAUUCUCAUUAUGGCUAGUUGUCAUUGAUUUAUCGUAUGGAGAUCGGGAAUGGAUAUUGGAUGAUGAAAAAAAUUUAGGAUAUGUUGAUGUAACAAAAUUAACUGGUCGUGAUUUAGACGAUUACAAUCGUAAAAUUAAAUUUCGUAUAAUACCUGGAUACUUUCUAAUGAUGUUAAAAUUUAUAUCAGCUAUUAUCUUAAUACUUGAUUUGCUUGUGAAAUCCGAUGUUAAAUUGAUAGUAUUUGCAUAUACAAUAACUACAUAUGAUCUUAUCGUCAAACUAUCCGAAUACAUAAUAUCAAUAUGUUAUUUAUGUCAUGAACUACCAUUCCAUGAACUCGGACGCUUUUUUAUGGAUACCACCGCAUGGUUACUGUUUCAAAUAUCUUAUGUAUUAUUUAUCCAUGAACAUGUCGAAUAUUUAAUUGCACAAGAUACAGCAAAUAGUUUUAUCACACGUUUUCCAAAUAUCCUUGAUGUGGAUGUUGUUCGACAAUUACAAUUACGCAAUAAAGAUACACGUAUUGCAUGCAUAGCAAAUCGUUUUUCAUCGUAUUUUGGUAAGGUAGUCCGACAUAAAUCGAAAAUACCGAUAAAACGUUCAACAUUAUUGGAAAAAUGGAUGCAUGUUUGGCAAGGUGAUCGAUUACGAGAACAUCCAUCACAGUUAUCUGUUGCGACAGAAGCAUCAAAGUCUGUAUUAAAAAAUCACCAUGGUGGACCUCAAUCACGGAUCCCAUUACAUAAACGACAUUCACGACGUUAUGUUAGUGAAGCCACAAGUUGUGCAUUACAUGAUGAUAUUACAUCAUGUAAUUCAGAUUUAUACGUACGAAGUUCAUGUAAUAUGAGUGAUAUAAGCAGCAAUUCAAAAUGUUGUUGUACACCAUUAAUUGAAGUGGAUUUUGAUGAAAAUAUUGAACGUUGGAGGCGAUAUAAUCAUUAA